UAAGCCCCGAAUGUCGUCACUUCCGGUUGUGAGCCAUGUCUGACCCUCCAUCUGCACAUUGUGCUGUUAGUGAAGCUUCCACAGCGGUUUCAGGUGAAGUUUCGGCCCCAGAUGGAGAUCCUGAAGGGUUUGCAGAUUUAUCCGAGCUUCCUGUUGAAGUCAGUGAGAGGAGACCGACGUGUCUGCGGUGCUGCCGCCCAGAGAAGGUGUGUUUGUGUCCUUUUCUCCCCGCCGAGCCGCUGGACGUCUCCACCUGCCUUUACAUCGUGCAGCAUCCUGCAGAGGAGAGUCGAGUUCUCCGUACCGUCCCCCUUCUGGCCGCCUGCUUACCUCCAGGCAAAUGUAAAGUCCUGAUCGGAAGACGGUUUAGUGAAGAGAGACAUGCUGAGUUGGCCGCCGUGUGCAGAGACACACGAACCUUCGUCCUGUAUCCUGGAUCUGAUGCCGAAAACCUGGAGGACAUGGACGUGGACUUCACUGUUACUCCUCACAACAUUGUAAUAAUAGAUGGCACGUGGAGUCAAGCCAAGGACAUGUUCCUCAGAAACGCACUGUUCCACUUACCCAAACAGGUGCAGUUAAACAGCGCCCCCUUCAGCCAGUACGUGAUCCGCACUCAGCCCACCAACAUGUGCCUGUCCACACUCGAGUGUGCUGCUGUCACUCUGUCCAUUAUGGAGAAAAACCAAGCCAUACAGGAGGUUCUCCUGAAGCCUCUUCGAGCUUUGUGUUCGUUCCAGUUGCAGCAUGGUGCUCAGGUUCAUCACAGCAAAGAGCACCUUCUGAAGAGCGGCCUGUACGACAAACCCCUGCCCAAAAACAAGCGCAAGAUCAAGAGGAUGCAGAAACUCAUCACCAGCCAGGACGUCUGAUUACAAACUGAACAUCGGACAAACUGACUAAGACCAGAACCUCGGGACUGUCUGACUGCACCCAGAACACCCUGCUGUCUGAUUACAGCCUGGACAUCUGAAGUCUGAUCCAGACUACAGCCUGGAUUUAUGACUUGUAUACGACUGAGACUGCUGGAGCAGAAACGUACCCUAUAUUUUUAUUUAUCUUUUGUUUCUUUCUUUUUUGUUAAGUGAAGAAAUAAUUGACGUUCUCUUUACUGUCGGAACUCUAAACUACAGAGUUAAUCGCUGGCAACAUCUGAGUCUGAAAUGAUAUACCGGAAAAACCUUUAAAUGAAGGUCCAUUGAAGGCUUUUUUUUGGACCUUUUAAGCACUGAGAUCGGAUUCCAGUUCUGUUUUGUUAUAGUUUAUUCCCUAAAGACUCUACAGGAAUGUGUCCGAUCUAUAUGACGGUUAAAUCUUCUGCUGUUUCAUACUUUAAAAUACAUUCUCUGUUCUGACACCAGCUGGUUUUAAUACAACUCAAUACAACUUGCUGCUUGUUGAUUGUUUCUCACUGUUUUCUUCUUAAGAUCCAUUUUUUUUAAUGAAGAAAUUUAAAAUACAUUUGGUGAAUUUUCCUGGAAUAAAUUAUUUUAU